UUGCGCACAACCGCUGCGUGACAGGCUCGACACGACUCGGAUCUGCUUCAUUUUUAGUUUAGCGUGGUCUCGGCGAGCCACUUGUACUGCAGGGUCCUAUCGCGCCAGUGUGGUGGAUACCAGUAGAUACCGUGUCUUCCGUCAACUCACUUGCCAGCGGGGACCAUCACGUCCCUUCGCAGCAGUCUAUAAGUAAUUCCAACAAAGUCUGCAAAUGCUCACCCAGACUCCUUUAUAGAAAGACCUUCGUAUUACUCCUUGUGGACGUUAACCUGAGAGACAGCUUGCAAUGGCACACGUCGCAGUCUCCCCCACCGACUUCGUUACCACACCCAAUACUCUCCACGGUGUCAUCGCUCAAGCUGUCGACCGCUAUCCAUCACAUGAGCUUUCUUUCAUAUCCUCCUCGGCACAUGACUCCUCCAUUCAGACGAAGACCUUCAGCACGUUCAAUCAAUAUGUUCGCAACCUUGCACGGGCCAUGCUCGAGUGGGGCAAACCAACAGGCUCCAUUAUAGUCGUGUACCUGACGGAGCACGAAGAUAAUAUGGCUGCUGUCUGGGCGUGUUUGCUGGCUGGCUAUCUGCCUUGCUUACAGCCCGUGCUUAGCGCUCAACAGGCGCACAAGGAGGGCCAUAUUGCGCAUAUUAAGAACUUGUUUGGGUCUGCAACUUGGCUGACCAACGAGCUUGGGGCUGAACAGAUCGCUUCCAUUUCUGGUUUGGAGGUUCACUUGCUCUCUGAAUUGAAAUCAUCGGGGGAGAAAUUUACCGUCGCAGCUGACUGGGUUGCAUACGAGGCUAAGCCGGAUGACGAUGCCAUGCUGUUCCUGACCUCAGGGUCAACUGGGUUCUCGAAGGCGGUCGUCCACACGCACCGUACCAUCAUUGCCGCAUGCCGUGCCCAGGGCCAAAACUACGGCCUGACUUCCGAAUCUCAAAUCUUGAACUGGGUCGGUUUUGAUCACGUCGGGGGAUCAUUAACAUUUCACAUCACACCUCUUCUAUAUGGUGCUUCGCAACUCCACGUGCAUGCAUCUGUUGUCCUUGCUGAUCCUCUACGGUUGCUCCAACUGAUCGACGAAAAGUCCAUCGAAUUGGCUUACGCACCGAACUUCCUGCUCUCUAAGAUCACCCGUGAUCUAGAGCAACGCACCGACCUUUUCGGGUGCUUGGACCUGUCCUCUAUCAAGCGUAUCAACAGCGGAGGGGAAGCUAUCGUUUCCAAGACCGCGCAGGCUUUUGUGACUACGAUGAAGAAGUUUAGCAAGAACCCCUCCGCCGUGAACUUUGUGAUCGCCGCCGGAUUUGGAAUGACAGAAACUUGCGCCGGAUGUGUUUACAACUACCCUGUGGAUAUCCUCGCAACCGAGCCUGCUCGCGAGUUCCUUGAUCUCGGUCGUCCCAUAGAUACCUGCGAGAUACGUAUCGUAGACCCCGCAGAUGGAGUGACCCUGCGCCCCGACGGUGAGAGCGGCGAGCUUCAGAUUCGGGGACCGAUGGUCUUCGUGCGCUACUACAACAACGCCGAGGCUACGUCCUCCAGCUUUGUUGAGGGCGGCUGGUACCGUACCGGUGAUGUAGGCAUCGUCGAGAAUGGCGUGAUGCGCCUCGGCGGUCGCAUCAAGGACACCAUCAUCGUCUUUGGCGUCUCAUACGGUAUCCCUGAGCUCGAAACCAACCUGCAGACAAUUGAAGGGGUAACACACUCGUUCCUCGCUGCUGCUCCCUACCGCGCUCCUGGGCAGGAAACUGAAGGAUUCGUUAUUUUCUACUCGCCAUCUUUCGACAUCGAUGGAGAAGAUGCAUCCGCCAAGCUCUUCGCCACGCACCGGGCCCUGCGGGAUAUCUGUGUGAAGAUGAUGGCCCUGCCCCCUCAGUUCAUCAUUCCCAUUCCUGUGAACCAGAUGGAAAAGACCACUCUCGGGAAACUAUCUCGUGCGCGUCUGAUGAACCAGUUCAAGCAAGGCCAAUUUGCGAAGCACAUCGCCCGCUCUGAAGAGCUUCUCAGCGAGGCUCGCGGCGUUUCCUUCGUCGCACCAUCCACCGAGACAGAAAAGGGAGUUGCUAAGAUAUAUGCUAACAUCUUCAACCUCGCGGAAAGCGAGGUGUCGGCGACCGACAACUUCUUCGAACUCGGCGGUACUUCCAUUGAUGUCAUCAGGCUCAAGCGUGAGGGAGAGGCAUACUUCAAUCUACCUGAGAUGUCUACUACGCAAAUCCUCAAGAACCCCAUUGUCUCGACCCUUGCCAACUAUAUCGACACCUUGCAAUCCAAGGGCGUUCAGAUUGAGGAGUACGACCCCAUUGUUCCCCUCCAGCUUACUGGAAAUAAGACGCCGAUAUUCUUCGUUCACCCUGGUGUUGGAGAGGUUCUCAUUUUCGUCAAUCUUGCCAAAUAUUUCCAGAAUGAGCGUCCCUUCUACGCGCUCCGUGCUCGUGGCUUCGAUGCCGGCCACACCUUCUUCACCACCAUGGACGAGAUGGUUUCCUGCUAUACUGCAGGAGUCAAGAGGACCCAGCCGAAGGGACCAUAUGCCCUUGCGGGCUACAGUUACGGCGGUGUUAUUGCAUUUGAAAUCGCCAAGCGGCUCGAGGCCAUGGGCGACGAAGUGAAGUUCUUCGCUCCCGUCAAUAUUCCUCCUAAUAUCGCCGAACGCAUGCACGAGAUUGAUUGGACCUCCGCCUUGCUCCACUUGGCGGGCUUCGUCGGUCUCAUAUCGACACAUGAUACCGAUGCACUAGCUCCUACCGUGAAACCGCUCUCGAGGCGGGAGCAGCUUGAGUUCGUGUGGAAGAUAUCUCCUCCUGAUCGUAUUGCCGAGCUCCAGCUGACGCUCGAGAAGCUUGACAAAUGGGCGCACCUCGCCAAGUCUCUCAUCGACUGCGGACAUGGUUAUGUGCCAACAGGCUCAGUUGCCGUAAUCGAUGUUAUGCAGAUCACUGCCUUUGAUGGAUCCAAGGUUGAGUGGAUCAACAACCAGCUCAAGCCAUGGUCUGGCUACAGCCGUCGCGCGGCGUGGGCUGACUUCAGCCGCGCCGAGGCAUCAUUUACUGAUGUUCCUGGGGAACACUACACUCUCAUGGACUUGGACCACGUCCCCCAGUUCCAGAAGAUCUUCCGCAGUCGUCUCGAGGCUCGCGGACUAUAGACGUUUAUAGGGGCGUAUUCUGAUUGUAUGUCGCCUUGCAUCGAUGAUAUUUAUUCAACUAUCGACCCACACCAAUGAAACAUGACUUAGUAGGGCUUUAUACCAUCAACACAUCAUUUGACUAGCAAGUCUUCUUCAAAUCAGAAUUACUAAAUUACCUUUGCCCAAACCACCCUACGAGUUUGUCCUGUAUAUCAACCUAUACGUAGAAUUUUUACUUUCGGCCAAUCGGAGAUGAAACAUGCCUCAUCUGUGGAUAGCCGUGAGC